UCAGCACGUAACGCUGCAUGACUCCUUCAGUAAGUCACACCCACCACCGAGCUACGCCACCUUACUGUGGUGUCGAGCAGCUGACCUGUACGGGUGUGAACACAGGAGAGUGCUGGCAGCCUGUCUACAGUGGCUCUCUGAGCACUGACUGACCGACCGACCGACCGACCGACCUGAACCCGGACCUGGGGGCGGUUCUUUGAGUGCAGGAUGUGGGGCAUUUGCAGCAGAACGAUGGUAAAGGUGGGGAUGGCCAAACCCUGUGGCUUAAUGAAAUCCUGUCACUUGGUGAAGCCUGUGUCAGUGACUCGGGUCUCUGGCAGAUACCUGACCCACCAGAAGGGACUGCCCAGUCUGCCUGUUCCCCCUCUGCAGCAGACAUGUGAGCGAUACAUCAGUGCCCUGGAGCCCAUUGUGGAGAUGGAUGAACUGAAGCACACUAAAGAGCUGCUGGAAGAGUUUCAGAAGACGGGAGGGGUUGGAGAGAGACUCCAGAGAGGCCUGGAAAAGAGAGCACGGAACACUGUGAACUGGUUGUCAGAGUGGUGGGUGCAGGUCGCUUAUUUCAGUUACCGGUUGCCUGUGGUGGUUCAUUCAAGUCCUGGGUUGGUCUUGCCACGCAUGAACUUCAGUGAUAAGCAGGGACAGAUAAGGUUUGCUGCCAAACUGAUAGCAGGUGUUUUGGACUUCAAGACGAUGAUUGACAAUGAAACACUACCAGUGGAAUACCUUGGAGGGAAGCCUUUGUGUAUGAAUCAGUACUACGAAGUGCUGUCAUCCUGCCGUGUCCCUGGUCUGAAGAGAGACUCCGUGGUGAACCACGCCAAGAGCUCCAGGCCCCCUAAACACAUCACUGUAGUCCACAACUUCCAGUUUUAUGCGUUGGAAGUGUACAACAGCGAUGGGACUCCACUGACAGCCGAUGAGCUCUGUGUCCAGCUGGAGAAGAUCUGCAGCUCCUCACCACAGAUCGACACGGAGCCUGUCGGCAUCCUCACCACCCAGCACCGCAAUGCCUGGGGCAGGGCCUACGUCACCCUCAGCCAGGAUAAGACCAACAAAGAAUCAGUGUCUGCUAUCCAAAGGAGCAUCUUUACUUUGUGUUUGGAUGGAGCGAUGCCUCAAGUGUCUGAGGAGACGUACCGCAGCUGUGCUGCCAUCCAGAUGCUGCAUGGAGGAGGCAGCCAGUGGAACAGUGGCAACCGCUGGUUUGACAAGACGCUGCAGUUUAUUGUUGGAGAAGACGGGACAUGUGGCGCUAACUACGAGCAUGCCCCAGCUGAGGGCCCACCCAUAGUGGCCUUGAUCGACCACGUAGUAGAAUACACGAGGAAGCCAGAUAUGACUCAGUCUCCCAUGGUGCCUUUGCCCAUGCCCCAGAAACUGAACUUCAACAUCACACCUGAGAUCAAGAAGGACAUUGAGGAGGCCAAGCACGCCAUGAACAUACUGGCCCAGGACCUGGAUAUGAGGGUCAUGGUAUUUGGCCACUUUGGGAAAAAUGUCCCAAAGGCCCACAAGAUGAGCCCUGAUGCUUUCAUACAGAUGGCCCUACAACUGGCUUUCUACAGGAUGAACCAGUGCUGCUGUUCCACAUAUGAAAGUGCCUCCCUGCGUAUGUACAGACUGGGCCGUACCGAUACGAUCCGAUCAGCCUCAAGCGCCUCUGCAACCUUUGUCAUGGCCUUUGAUGACCCCAGCAAGCAGAACACUGAGAAAGUAGAUCUAAUGGUGAAAGCUGUGAACGCACACAGGUCAUACACUACCAUGGCGAUCAGUGGCCAGGCCAUAGACAGACACCUCCUGGGCCUUAAGAUGGUGGCUGUUGAGGAGAACCUCUCCAUACCUGAUAUCUACACAGACACUGCCUACGCCAAAGCCUUACACUACAAGUUAUCUACAAGUCAGGUACCUUCCAAGACGGACUGCGUCAUGUGUUUCGGCCCGGUUGUUCCCGACGGAUACGGCGUGUGCUACAAUCCUAUGGAAGAUCACAUCAACUUUUCAGUGUCGUCUUUUAACACCUGUAAGGACACAAAAGCAGCACAUCUGGCCCAGGCCGUGGAGGAUGCGCUGUUGGACAUGAGGACAAUGCUGGAACAAACGCCAAGAGCCAAACUGUGAAGGUCCUCCAGGCUUCAUAGGGCUAAACUCAGCAAGGCACUUCUGAGUCACAUUUAAAUAGGAAGCCCACUCUUAGUGUGAUUGAGUGACGUUUGACAAAUGACUGAACCCCACCCCUGCUGCAAGACUGCCAAGCUCCAGCUGGUAGUCCAGUCCUCUCCCCGUUUUAUUGAUGGUACUCAUGUGACCUGGCGUUCCUCUGGUGGUACAAUGCUCACGCACAUUACAAUAAUCAUCAGUUUUACAGACAUUUUUGUAACUCAAAAUAUAUCAUUAACUUAAAUGAUCUUGUUGAUGGCUAUGGAUGAAUAUUUUAUUAUUGUAUUAUCAACUAAUCACCUGGCGAGACCCAACGGUCAGUUGCUGUGUAGCCACAAACUGGUUUAGGUCUCUCUGCCUGCUUUAUUGGCCAGGUAUGUAGGUGCCCCUCAUUGUAGAUACACAGAAUCAGAAAUGCAGCUAGAGUGAAAAUUAAGAAGAUAAACAUAUAUAACAAGGAACAACAACAUUCUACGUCUACAAGUCCACUGUUUUCUGUUAACAAUAUUAAAUUUGUGUAAUGGUGCAGAGUGCAAAUAUGCUGGAGUAGAUAUUGAAUGUAAUAUAUUACUUGGGUGGAUAUGUACAGUUUACAGUCUAUCAGUAUAUACAGGAGACUAGUACAUCACAGCAUGUCAGCUGUUGCACACUCUGACUGUUGAAGGUCUAUUUCAAAAUGCAUCUCCUGUCACUUGUAAACUAUGCAUUAGCAAUCUAGUAAGGCUUGUGCAGUGGUCUGAUUGGCUGAUGGUUAGUCUCUUAUAUGCAGUACAAUGGAUUCUUUAUUGAUUUUAUCAGUUUAAAGUAGCCAUGUUUGAAAUGAUGUACUAUGACCUAUUGUUGACUGAAUUCUAAUUUUGUUUUCAACAUUUGUAAACUGCCAAAUCAUCCUCCGAUUUGACGUCUCUCUCUGGAAGACAAGCCUUCACUUAAUUGACUUGUAUUGUCCAGUGAUCAUUUCAUCCAUGUUUGUUUCAGGAUAGCACACAGAAGGUGUAAUUAUUCUGGAAGCAGAAAUGAAGAUAAUGAAGAUAACGAGAGGGUAGUCUAGCCAGAACCCUGCAUAAUAUGGAACAUGUGAUGGGUCGUUCCCAUUGUUCAACAAUUCCAAAUUAAAUGCUU